CCUACUCCGUCUAUUUAGAGAGUGAGAGCGGCAGUUAUUGAUUUGAUUUGAUAUCGGAACGUCUUGAUUAAGGAUUUUUUUUCCUGCAUUUUAUCCUUUUUUUGAAUAUGUAAAGAGAAUAGAGUAAAAGUAAAUUGUUGCUCUGGACGCCAUUUUUACUCGUGAGUUGAUAAUUAUCAGCUCCGGCCACUAAUUUGAGGUAUGGGUUUUCCGACUACGUCUAUUUAUAGAGUGAGAGCGUUUUAUUUCAAACCGCGGAUUUUCAAUAAUUUCGCUGUUAUUUGAUUUGUUUGAUUUGAUAUCUGAACGAUUUGCUUAGGAUUUCCCCUGCAUUUUCUCUUGUUUUUGAAUAUGUAAAGAGAAAAGAGUAAAACGGAUUAUUUAUCUGGACGCCAUUUUUACUCGUGAGUUUCAGAUGAUUAUCAGCUCUGGCCUCCGGUCAGUAGGCAUUUGAGGAUUGGAUUUUCCCGAUUACAUCUAUUUCACUCCACUUUAUGUAACACUAUUGCUAUUUAGAGAGUGAGAGACGAUUUUUUAAUCGCGGAUUUUUCGAUAAUUUUCACUGAUAUUGAUUUGAUUUGAUAUCUGAACGGCUUGCUUAAGAAUUUCCCCCUGCAUUUUCUCUCGUUUCUGAAUAUGAACGAAGAACCGAGCAAAACAGAUUAUUGCAGUGAACGCCAUUUUUACCGGUGAGUUUCAGAUGAUUAUCAGCUCCGGCCUGUAGCAGUCAUUUGAGUUGGAAGAAGAUAGCAAAAUAUACAGAGUAGAACAGAGGAAAGAACAAAAUAGAAGAGAAUUAAAAAUGUUGACAUGCAUUACAUGUAAGCAAAAAGUUGAAGAUGAUGGUGGAGAAGAAGAAGGUAUUCGUGGUUCUCCCAAUACUAAAGAUUCUAUCAAAAGCUUGACGGCACAGAUUAAGGAUAUAGCAUUGAAGGUCACUGGUGCUUAUAGGUGCAAGUCAAGUAUGCCCAACAACAAUUACAAGAAAGGGCAUGGACCAUAUCCAUAUCCAUAUCCAGAGUUUGAUGCAAUAUCUGAGGGAGUUUUAUACAAUUACCAAACAGGAAGCUCAAAUUCUACUCCAGCUUGGGAUUUUACAAGUACUAGUCAUCUCCAAACAUCAACUAGGACUGAUUCUAGAUUAAGUGAUGUGAUGUUGGAACAUGAAGAGGAGUCUAAAGAGUGGACAGCACAAGUGGAGCCUGGAAUUCAGAUUACUUUUGGUUGUCUCCCUCAAGGUGGAAAUGAUCUUAAAAGAAUCCGAUUUAGUCGGGAUGUGUUCAACAAAUGGCAAGCUCAAAGAUGGUGGGGCGAGAAUUAUGACAGAAUUAUGGAGCUUUACAAUGUUCAAAGAUUUAACAAACAUGCUCUUCACACACCCUCACAGUCUGAGGAUGGGAGAGAUUCAAAUUAUUCUUCAAGGCCUGGAUCUGCAAGAGAAUUCCAACAAUAUAAUGCUGGAUUAGGUGCUCAUGCCCCUAGUUUCCCAAAAGGUAGUGGGGCAUCAAGAACGACGACCUCCUCUAGAGACGAGGCUUCAGUUUCUGUAAGUAAUGCUAGUGACAUGGAGUCAGAAUGGAUAGAACAAGAUGAACCUGGAGUGUGUAUAACCAUCAGACAAUUAGCUGAUGGCACUAGAGAGCUACGUCGCGUCAGAUUCAGCCGCGAAAAAUUUGGAGAGGUGAACGCGAAACAGUGGUGGGAGCGAAACUGGGAGAGAAUACAAGCACAAUACCUUUAGAAUCAUGUAUUCCAUAUUAAAUUAUCAGCAUUUUCUAUGACAUAUCAGGAUAUUCAAAAUGGAAUAUUUUGCCAUCCUCGAAGCAAAGUUAAAACUCACCUAUAAAGGGUGACAGCAGUGGAGCCCAGAUUUAAACUUUAUGAUUUCUAAAUUCUAAAAUAGCAAACAUCAGGUGUUUGUAACGUGGCUCUGAGCUAAUUUUUUGUACACACGUAGUAGAUUUGGAUUUGGCCGUACCCUUAGGUAACCUUCUAGCUCCGCCCCUGUAGGGUAAGGGGAGAAGCGGGGCAGAGGCAGUUUUUGAUCAUACAUGUCUUUGCCUUUCAGUUUCCUACUUGUACAUGG